CAGGGACCGGUGACAUCCCCCCCCCCCGAAACGUGCCAGCACCGGGACGAGCCUGGACCACGGGGACAAGAUGCAGGAGAGCUACGAGAGCGUCAUCUCCCUGGCUGAGGAAAUCGCCAUCAGUUGGCCACGGAUCACCGCCUUCGCCGAAUCACACCGAAGGAGGGGGUUGGUGUCCGACGAUGGGUUGUUGAGCGAGAACGAAGAGGAAGACCCGCCACCGGGUGAGCUGGAGAAGGUGGACGCCGAGGGGACGCCAGCAGGAAAGCCCAAGGGGACCAGCCCCGCCAGUGCGGAGGGGACAAAACCCAGUGAUGGUCCCCAAAAACCAGAGAACCAGCCCAGAAAGACAUCAGGCAAGCGACAGGGUAAAUCAGGCCACCGAGGCUUCAAGAAAUUCCCCCCGCGGAGUUUGCUCAGCCACAGCCGCUGCCACGACUGCGGCAAAGCUUUGGCUUUCGGUUCAGCCUUCAACAAACGCCGACGAGGGACCGAACGACCCCAUAAAUGUCCCGAAUGCGGGAAAUGUUUUCGGCUCAGCUCAACCCUCAUCACCCAUCAACGCCGGCACGCCGGCGAUAAACCCUACAAGUGCCCCGACUGCGGCAAGACCUUCAGCGUUGGCUCAGCGUUCAUCCAACAUCAACGGGUGCAUGCCAGCGCCGGUGCUGGCACAGCACCUUGCCAAUGCGGUGUCUGCGGGAAGAGUUUCCCGGCCAGCGCCAGUUUGGUGAAGCACCAAAAAUUACACCUGGAGGAAAAACCCUACAAAUGUGGGGAUUGUGGGAAGGGUUUCAACUGGAAUUCACAUCUGGAGCGGCAUCGCCGGAUCCACACCGGCGAAAAGCCCUACGCCUGCCCCGAAUGUGGUAAAAGCUUCAGUUGGAGCUCCCACCUCGACCGGCAUCGCCGUACCCACGCUGUCACCGGCGAACCCGCUUGCCGUUGUGCCGAUUGCGGUCGCUGUCCAGCUCCUCGCGGCACGGAAGGCUCCAAAACCCCCGAGAAGCCCUUGCAGUGCGGUGAAUGCGGGAAGGGCUUCACCAAGAGCGCGGCAUUGGCCAAGCACCGGCGCGCUCAUGCCGGCGAGAAGCCCUACAAGUGCGGGGAGUGUGGGAAGGGUUUUGGCUUGAACGCCGCGUUGCUGCAGCAUCAACGGAGCCAUGCCGCCGGCAAACCCUACCAAUGCGGUGAUUGCGGUAAGAGCUUUGCCUGGAGCUCCCAUCUUGACCGGCAUCGGCGUAUCCAUAUGGGUGAGAAACCCUACCGUUGCGGGGAUUGCGGGAAGAGUUUCUCCCAGAGUUCCCACUUGGAGAGGCACCAACGCGUCCACGCCAGCGCCGAGCAACCCUGCCAGUGCACUGAUUGCGGUAAGAGCUUCUUGGCCUCCAACAAGCGCCGGCGGCUGUUGACCGGCACCGGUGAACGACCCUGUAAGUGCACCGAUUGUGGCAAGAGCUUUCUUUGGGGUGCCCGUGCCCGACCGGCACCAGAGAGGACCCAUAAGUGCAGCGAGUGUGGGAAGAGCUUCACUUACCGGGCGGAGAACGUCAAGCACCAAGGGACACAGACAGGGGAGAAACCCUAUACUUGCCCUGAAUGCGGGAAGAGCUUCGGGCAAAAUUCGGCAUUGGUGAAACAUCGCCGGAUGCAUACAGGAGAAAAGCCCUACAAGUGUGGGGAUUGCGGGAAAAGCUUCAGUGUCCGCUCCAACCUCAUCAAACAUCAACGGACCCACCUUGGCGAGAAGCCCUACAAGUGUCCCGAUUGCGGGAAGGGUUUCAUCCAGAAGUCGGACCUCACCAAGCACCGCCGGAUGCAUACCGGGGAGAAACCCUACAAGUGCAACGUCUGCGGUAAAUGCUUCAGCGUCUCCUCCAACCUUAUCAAGCACCAACGCAUCCACCUCGGCGAGAAGCCCUACCAAUGCUCCGAGUGUGGCAAGAGCUUCAUCCAACGGUCCGAGCUCACCAUCCACCAGCGCGUCCACACCGGCGAGAAGCCCUACAAGUGUCCCGAGUGCGGCAAGUGCUUCAGCCGUAGCUCCCACCUCAACCGCCACCAACGCACCCACGCCGGGGACAAGCCCAAAGCCACCGCUGCCGCCGCUGCCGUCACCGCUGGCAGCCCCCUGCCACCCUCCGGCGCCUUCUCCAGCACCGCCUUCUCCCCGCCGUUGGGCGGUUCGGCGGCCCCCAUCCCCUCGCUGCCCUCCUUCCCUGCCUCCCCCUCGCCCCUGCCCAUCCCUUCCCUCUCCAGCCCUGCCCUGGACCUGCCGUGGGCCCUCUCCUUCCCUGCCCGCGCCUUCCCCCCCACCCCUCCUUCCCCUCGGCCCCCGCCUCGGGGGCCCAGACCUCCUCCCUCAUCAACUGAGUGGUGCCCGGCCCUGGCCGCAGCUCCAUCCUCCUCCCUACCUCCCCAGACACUCGCCCAACACCCAACCGGUGUUGGCCUCAAAGACCCAUUGUUGGGAGGGCUUGUUCCUGCCCAGAGCCGUUCAGCCUUCGUGGCUCAGGCAGGUGAAGGGCUUCUCCCCCGUGUGGGUCCUCUGGUGCCGGUGGAGAUGCGAGAGGCGUCCAAAACCCUUCUCACACUCAGGGCACCUGUAGGGCUUCUCCCCGGUGUGGAUACGUUGGUGGGUUAUCAGGUUGGAACUAUCGUUGAAGCUCUUCCCGCACUCGGGGCAAGCGUAGGGCUUCUCACCCUUGUGGGUCCUCUGAUGGGAGAGGAGGUGGGAAUGGAGGCUGAAGGUCUUCCCACACUCGGCACAACCGUAGGGUCUCUCUCCGGUGUGGAUCCGGCGGUGCUUGGUCAGGUCCGAGCUCUGGCUGAAGAUCUUCCUGCAGUCGGUGCAGGUGUAAGGCUUGUCCCCAGUGUGGGUCUUCUGGUGGAUCAGGAGGACAGACCUAUAGCUGAAGCUCUUCCCACACUCAGGACAUCCAUAGGGUCUCUCCCCAGUGCGGACCCGCUGGUGGAUGAGGAGGUUGGACCUCUGGUUGAAGCUCUUCCCGCAGUUGGGACAACUGUAGGGUCGCUCGUGGGUGUGGGCCGGGUCGGUGUGGAAGGACACAGGAAAGGGCUGCCCCAGCUCGGAGGAAGAGGAGGAGGAAGGUCGGAGCCGGCAGGAUCUGAACAGGGACCCCCCCAAGGGACCUCGCAUCCUCCUGCUCAUCCCUGGAUCCCUCCGGGUCGGCGGUUUUUGGGAAUCGCAGGGACCAACAGAGGCAUUUUGCUGUUUUGGGGGCUGGAAGAGGACGGGAUUUCACCAGCCAUGCAGGAGAACCACGACGCAUUGGCCUCGCCAGGCGAGGGACCAGCCAGCGCUGGGAUGAGCACGACCACACCGAACUAUCAGGAAAAUCCCCCGGGAACGGAUUCGGCUCAUCCCCUUCUCCCUGGAAAUGGGUUCGACACCCUGGAGGACCCAAUCCCGAGGGAUAAGAGGAGAUUUUUAUGCACUGAAUGCGGGAAGAGUUUCAACCACAGCGCCUACCUCCUCCGCCACCAACGCAUCCACUCCGGAGAACGUCCUUAUCCCUGUCCGAAAUGCGGGAAAACUUUUACCUGGAAUUCCCACCUGAAUUCCCAUCAAAAAACCCAUACGGGGGAAAAACCCCAUCGUUGUCCCGAAUGCCAGAAAUGCUUCAGCCGUCGAUCCAACCUCCUCCGUCAUCAACGCCUGCACGGGGUGGAAAUUCCUUAUGGGAAAAGCUUGAAGGCUGAUCGUAUCCUGCAUUCCCAGAGCCGCCCAGACGAUAUUCCCUAUAUUUGUUCUGAAUGUGGGAAAUGUUUCAGUGCUCGCUCCAAUCUUUUCCGUCAUCAACGUAUCCAUACCGGAGAAAAACCCUACAAAUGUCCCGAAUGCGGGAAAAGUUUCGGGCAAAGUUCGGAUCUCAUCCAGCACCAUCGAACCCACACCGGAGAAAAACCCUUUUCCUGCUCGUUUUGCGGGAAAUCUUUUAAUGAACGAUCCCAUCUUAUCCGACAUCAAGGUCGGCAUACGGGAGAAAAACCCUAUAAAUGUCCGGAAUGUGGAAAAAGCUUCGUACAAAGCUCGGAUCUCCUUAUCCAUAGGCGAUCCCAUGCCGGCGAGACCCCCUAUAUGUGCGCCGAGUGCGGGAAACGAUUUCGGGUCAGUUCCAGCUUGGUACGACAUCAAGGAUUACAUACGGGAGAAAAACCUUAUAAAUGCGGGGAAUGCGGGAAAGGAUUCAGCGCUCGCUCCGUCCUUGUUAUCCAUCAACGGCUCCAUACGGGAGAACGACCCUAUGAGUGUCCAGCUUGCGGGAAACGUUUCGUUCAAAGCUCUAAUCUCAGUCGGCAUCGACGGAUCCAUACAGGAGAGAAACCGUAUCCCUGUCCGGCUUGCGGGAAGAGGUUCAGCGUCCGUUCGAGCUUGGUCAAGCAUCAGCGGCUCCAUGAGCCACCCCAUAACCCCCCCAGGGAGGAGGAGGAUUUAGGAUGGAGCUCGCUUUAUGGCGAAAAACAAGCGCAGGAGGAGGAAUUGCCCCAUAGAUGCUCUGGUCCCCGGUACGGCAUCCCCCCCAAGCGUUUUAGGGGUGCAAGCUCCUGCAUCGAGGAGAGGCCGCAACUGAGCAGCUUCGUUAGCAGCUUCGUUAGCAGCCUUGCCCACCCCAGCCGCUCGCUGUCAACACCCAACACGCAGCUUAACUCACCUAAUGUGCCCCACCACAAGCAGGAAAGCCACGCGUCCCCCACCCAGUACCUCAAGGAUCUGGUUGAACUGGGCUUUCAGCUCAAAAUAAGGCUUGCUCUUAACAAUGACGCGCUUGAGGGACUUCUGGAGGGCUUGGACCUUGGCCUCGGCUUGCUGACACAGCUGGGUCACGCGCUGGUGCUCCCGCUCGCUCCGCAGCCGCUCUUCCUCCGCCUCAUUGACCUGGGGACACCCCAAACCCCUUCAGAAGCAGGGUCUCCCCUGUCCCCAUCAUCCCCAACUUCCAGCCACCUCCUCUCAGGCCCCACCCCAACCCUCCCCGAAGAUGAAGACCCCCCCCCUCGCCCGCGGGGCCGCGGCCUGUGUUUACCUCCCGCUCCGCCACAGCGGCUCCGCGUCCCCGCCCCCCCCGCCACCGGAACCGGAAGCGGCCUCCUCACUCUCCCCUCUCCGCCUCCUCCUGCCGUACGCCAUAACGGCCCCCGGCGUUUCGCCGCCUUCCGCCGUCUCCACGGAUCGCCCGGUCUACCGGUGACCUUCAGCUGGGUGCGGAGACAGAGGGGACCCCCCCCAUCCGCCGACACCCCCCCCCCAACAGAAGCCAAAUCAGGGGGUUUGGGGGUACCACCAGCCCACGGACGCCCCUAUGGAUGCUACGAGUGCGGGAAAGGUUUCGGCAGCAGUUCGGCUUUAUUAACCCAUCGCCGGAUCCAUACAGGUGAAAAACCCUACAAAUGCCCCGAAUGUGGCGAUCGCUUCAAUCAAAAUUCGGCGUUAGCGGCUCAUCGCCGGAUCCAUACGGGCGAAACCUAUAAGUGCCCCGAAUGCGGGAAAGAUUUCGGUCACGGUUCAACGUUGGUUAAACAUCGUAGAAUACAUACGGGGGAAAAACCUUACGUUUGCGAAGAAUGCGGGAAAAGUUUUAGUAUCCGUUCAACCCAUAUCCGACAUCGGACCCAUACGGGUGAACGACCCUAUAGAUGUCCCGAUUGCGGGAAAAGUUUUAGCGAUAGCUCUUAUUUCAUUCAACAUCAACGCCUUCAUAUAGGCAACAUGCCGUACGUUUGUCGCGAUUGUGGGAAACAUUUUAUGUGGAGUUCGGCUUUAAUUCGUCAUCGGCGAAUCCACACCGGUGAGAAACCCUAUAAGUGUAUGGAUUGUGGGAAGAAUUUUAGCGAGAAUUCGACGUUAUUACGGCAUCGACGGAUCCAUACGGGUGAGAAAUUCUAUAAGUGCACUCAAUGUGGGAAGAGCUUCAACGACAGCUGCUCACUGAUGCGUCACCAACGUGUCCACACCGGUGAAAGACCCUACCAGUGUCACCAGUGUGGGAAGAGCUUCGCGGACAGCUCGACCCUCAUAUCUCACCAACGGACCCAUACAGGCGAACGACCCUACGCCUGCCCCGACUGUGGGAAGAGCUUUACUGAGAGCUCUACGCUCAUCACCCAUCAUCGUAUCCAUACUGGAGAGAAACCCUAUACGUGUUCCGAUUGCGGAAGAGCUUCAGCAGAGACGGGGCCUCUUAUCAUCCACCGGAGGAUACACACCGGGGAGAGACCCUACGAGUGCCCCGACUGCGGGAAAAGCUUCAUGGCCAAGAAGUCCCUCAACAAGCAUCGCAAGAGCCACACGGAAGACGGGAUCUUCGUCUGUCCUGACUGUGGGAAAAAACUCACUUCCAAGUCCACCCUCAUCAUCCACCGUCGAAUACACACCGGGGAGAGACCCUACGAGUGCCCCGACUGCGGGAAAAGCUUCAUGGCCAACAAAUCGCUCAGCAAGCAUCGCAAGACACAUGGGGAGGAAGGGACCUAUAAGUGUCCCGAGUGCGGGGAAUCCUUCCCCAAAAACUCAGCCUUCGUAGUCCAUCUCAGGACCCACAGGGCCCAGCCCCCCUAUCCGUGCUCCGACUGCGGGGAAGCUUUCUUUGAAAGCUCAUCUUUUAAGCGACACCAGAAAAAGCACUUGGUAGAGAAACCCCACCAGUGCUCCAACUGCGGGAUCGCCUUCACCGUCCACUCUGCCCUCCUCCUCCACCAGAAGAGCCACAUAGGACCCAGACCCUACGUCUGCUCCGACUGUGGGAAAGCUUUUCGGGAGAGCACCACCCUCCGUAGGCACCAGCGUAUCCACACGGGUGAGAAACCCUACCAGUGCUCUUACUGCGAGAAGAGCUUUCGGGCCAGCUCCACCCUCAUCAUCCACCGAAGGAUCCACACUGGGGAGAAACCUUAUAAAUGCACCAAAUGCACCAAGUCUUUCACCGACAGGUCAGAGCUCAUUUGCCAUCAGAGGUUGCACAGGGGAGGAAAGACUUUCAAAUGCCAGGAGUGCGGAAGGGAGUUUGGGAAGAGCUCAGACCUCAGUUCCCAUCAGAAAAGCCACAUGGCGGAGAAGCCCUACCAGUGCUCGACGUGCGAGAAGUUCUUCAAGGACAGGUCCACCCUCAUCAGGCACGAGAGAGUGCACACGGGAGAGAAGCCCUACAAGUGCCACGAGUGCGGGAAGAGGUUCACCCGCAGCUCGGACAUCAUCGUCCACCAGCGGACGCACACGGGGGAGAAACCCUUCCAGUGCCCCGAGUGCGGGAAGAGCUUCAGCCAACGGUCCAACCUCUUCACCCACCAGAUCGUACACACCGGGGAGAAACCCUUCACCUGCCACGAGUGCGGGAAAAACUUCGCCCGCAGAUCGGAGCUCACCAUCCAUCAGCGAACGCACACCGAGGAGAAGCCCUACCAGUGCUCCCAGUGUGAAAAAUCCUUCCGGGGGAGGUACGGACUCUUCAGGCACGAGAGGUUGCACACGGGGGAGAAGCCCUACGAGUGCAGCGAGUGCGGGAAGAGCUUUGGCCAGAGCGGGGACCUUAUCACCCACCAGCGCUUCCACACGGGAGAGAAGCCCUACCACUGCUCCGAGUGCGGGAAGUUCUUCUGCAAUAAAUCCAGCCUCGUUAAACACCAGAAAUGGCAUUCGGGGGAGAAGCCCUACAAGUGCCACGAGUGCGGGAAGAGCUUCGGGCAGAGCUCGGACCUCAUCGCCCACCAGCGGACCCACACCGGGGAGAAGCCCUACCCCUGCACCGAGUGCGGGAAGAGGUUCACCAGGAAAUCCAGCCUCAUCGUCCAUCAGAGGGGACACAGAGGACGGAGAACUGGAGAACGCUCAAAAUGCGGGAAGAACUCGGAGGAAGACUCCGGCGCCAAUGCUCCCGGCAGCGUGGGCAUGGGAGAAGGCUCGUCCCCGUGCUCCGAGUGUGCAAAGCCCCUUGAGGAGGCAUCAAGCCUCCUUGACCGGCAGACGUGACGCAGAGGAGAAAAACAAAAAAACCUCCCAAGUGCCUGGAAGAGGAAGAAACGGCUUGGCUUGGCACCAAGAUCAUGCAAGACGAGAAGAAACGAGAGCAGCGUGGGACAUCCUCCCGUGUGAGAUUUAACCUUUUUUGGGGGGGGGGUAUUGGAGACUGCUCAGGGGCAGAAAAAGAGUUAAACACUAGAGCAUGGGUUCCUCAGUGAAAAAGGCUAAUUCCUCCUAAUUCCUCACAUUAUCGCGUAGAUCGUCUAAUAGUCUUCGCUUUGCUCCUCCAGCAGCUUCAUCCAAACCCUUUGCUCCCUGGUGAGAGCCCUUCUACCGCCCUAUUCCCUCUUUUUUUUCAACAUCUCGCUGUUCUGUUUUUUUAAGGUUAGCUGAGACAUGGGCUCUGCUCCUGUCCAAGCGUCCAUCGCACUUCCAGCCUCGAUGCGUUAAACCUCGACUUAAAAAAAAGUUGGUUGUUCCUAAGGAGAUUUUUAUUUUCAUAUUUGAUAUAAAUAUAUGGAAAUUUUAUAUUGCUAGAGGAAUAGUAGAGGAAUGAGCAUUUUCCCUCCAGAAGGUGUAGUUGUUUUUCACAGUGGAGAAGAAUCAAAAGAUCUCCACUGUGGAUGUUGGGGAGCGGAGAAAGCAUCCGCUCUACCCGACUGAAGGGAAAACCGCGAGAUUUCGGUGAAAGGAGCACGAUGUGAAAGGAUCAGUGUCCCAAAAGGAAGCCGUCGGAGGUAACUUACACCAAAUGUUCAAUAAAUCACCCGUUUCUUUCC